GGAACGCCGUAGCAGACAGAAGGACACGGGUGAACAGCGACGAAGCGUGCGAACGGAGUGGAGCGGCUACUUUUAGCGCCCUUUUUUGUUUCAUUUUCCCACUCACACAAAAUAAAGCAACAUUUUUGGCAAAAAACCUUUUCGGCAAACAAAUUGAAAACAAAACUAAGAACAUUUUCGUGCUAAACGCGGGAAUACUACAAAUAAUUUGUAUAUUCCAUACAAUAUUGUGUUCGUAAACAAUUUUUUUCUGUUCGAUUCCCGAUAAACGAUAAACGCGAGAAGAAGCCGAAUUCCAGUGAUCUUGGAAAAGGGCGAAAAAAAACUCACCGGUAAAGUGGCGAAGAGAGAGAGAUAGAGAGGAUCGCCAUCCCUCGCAUUCGCAAAAACAAAAAAUUCAAAAUUCAAAAUUACCCAGCACAGUGGGCCGCAUUCCGAUUCGUUUCGGUUCCGAUAUUUGGUUUCUUCAGUUCGUAUUAUUUUUCGAGUCUGCUGUUUUGUGUUUCGCUGAAGACGGUGAGAAAGAGAGAGAUCGGUGAAGAGAGAAGAGAGCGGAGCGGAGCGAAGCAGCAGGAAAGGAGACGGCAAAGAAGCAGUCCAACGAAGAAGUGCCCAAAGCGAGGCGCAGAUAAUUCAAAUACAAAGCAAACAAAAAAAUCAACUAAAAAUCAAAAAAAAAAAAAAUUCAAACAAAAUCAAACAAACACAAACGAUCGGCUCAGCAGAGCCAACGAAAACUCAGAGGCGGCAGCAGAGGAUGCGCCACUAAUCCCUGAGAGACAUGAGAACCGGAGGAAGCAGCAGAAGUAGCAGCCAAAAAGCAUCGCAAGCAUCGACUUAUGUAGCGGUCCAUGACGAGUAUUAAGACAGAGAUGCCGCCCCUGCACGCGGCAGAGGCGCUUGCCGCCAGCAGUGCCACCGACAGCGGUGGGGGAGGGGGAGCGGGAGCGGGCGGACCAGGAUCGGGCGGCGGCGGAGGCAGUGCGCCCGCCACUCCCAAUGCCACAAUCAGCGCAGCAGCCGACUCCAGUGAUAAUCAGCCCGGCACGCCGCAGCCCCCGCAACAGCAGCAGCAGCCGACGCAGCAGCAGCUGCAGCAGCAGCCACAAGCGCAGCAACAGGCCAUGGGCGGCGAUCCUCAGCAGCAACAGCAACAACAACAACAACAGCAGCAGCAACAGCAGGCCUCGGGCAUCACCCACCAGCCGUACGCCACCCACCACAUGUACUCGUCCUCCGGCGGCCAGCAGCAGCAGCAGAUCUACGGCGGCCUCUACGGCGGAGACAUGCAACAGCAGCAGGGCUAUGCCAGCAGUUACAUCAACAGCUACGAGCAGUUCUACCAGCAGCAGCAGCAACAGCAAGGCCCCACGGACUACGCCUUCGGCGCCGUGGGCGUGGAUUAUGGCAAGAGCGCCGGGGUGCGCUACCAUCCCUACCUGCAGACACCCACCUCCGGGCUGGGCGGCAUGCCCACGGCCAGUGCGGCCCCGGAGGAGGCGGGCAGUGCGCCCAGCGCCGUCAGCACCACCACCGCGGUGGCCAUGAGUCCGCGCGUGGUCAGCAGCAGCAGUCCCACGUCGACGUCCUCACACCUGCAGUUGGGCAGCUCCAGCGGCCAAACACCGGGCUCCCCGGGCGGAGCCACUGGCAGUGCCGGUUGCAAGUUGCAGUGCAAGAAGUGCGGCAUCCUCACCACCAACGAGUCGGAGCUGCAGGAGCACAUUGCCAACGUGCAUGGGGAGUCGCCCUACGGCAGCAGCGGCUACGCCAGUUCGCCCUACAUCAAGGAGGAGAUGCCCACGCCCCAGCCACCGGGCGGCGGAUCGACGGCGGCCAAUCCCGGCGAGCUGCUCGACCUCGACUCCCAGAAGAUGGUGUACCACCAGCAGCUGCUCCAACAGCAGCAGCAGCAGCAACAACAGCAGCAGCACGAUGCGGUCGCCGGCCUGCCGCUGGGCGCUUUGCCGGAUCCGCUGCACUCGAUGCAGUCCAUGCAGCAGCGGGCGCUCCACAGUUGGGAGCAGCAGCCGCAGCAGGCCGUGGCCUCCGUGGAGGGUCUGCCGCCCUACAUGCAACAGGGAUUGGGCGUAGGACUGGGAGUGGGUGUGGACAAGUCGCCCUACUACUCCCCGAAGCAAUCGCCCUACCACCAGUCGGCCGGCGUUGGCGGAGCCACGCUCAUCAAGCAGGAGUACGGUGGCCACGGACUGAUCAAAUCCGAGUACCCCGACUCGCAGCACUACGUGGACAAGUCCUUCGAUCCCACAGCCGGCGGAGGUGGUGGGGCCGAGCUGUGCGCCAGUGUGGCCACCAGUCCGGCGGAGUUCCCCAGCACCACUACCGGCGGACCCGGGCAGGAGGGAGCGGCGGGUGCGGCGCCCGGCGGCGGAUACCGCGGCUUCGAGCCGCCCAGCUCCAGUUCGGUGCUGCCGGCCAACAGCCUGACGGCCAAGGCGGCCACCUGGAAGUCGAACGAGGCGCGCCGCCCCAAGACGUACAACUGCACGGCCUGCAACAAGUGGUUCACCAGUUCGGGCCACCUCAAGCGCCACUACAACACGACGCUGCACAAGAAUGCUGUCAAGUCGAGCGGCCAGCCGGAUCCAGCCACCUUGCCCAUUUCGGCGCACCACCAUCCCGCCCGCGAUCCGGUGACGAAGCCCAGUCGGCGGGGCAAUGCCGCAGCUGCUGCGGCCGCCGCUGCAGCCGCCGCUUCGGCCGGCGGUCAGGGUCAGCAGCAACAGCCGCCGCCGCCACCGCCGCCGGCCAAUGUCCCGCCUCCGGAGCCGCCCAGAAGUCCACCCGACUAUGGCGGAGGAGGCGGCCUGGGCGUGGGCGUGGGAUCGAUGGGCGGCGCUACCAUGUCCCAGUACUCGGCCUCGCCAUCGCCCACCCAGCAGCAACAGCACCACCUCAACCACCACCAUCAGCAGCAGCAGCAGGCCAAUGGCUAUGCUAAUGGCACUGCCAACGGCUAUGGCUAUAUGCAGCAACAAGUGCAAUCCACGACAAACGCUUCACCACAGCACGCUUCCAACAACAACAACAACAACAACAACCAGCAGCAGCAGCAGCAACACCAUCAGCAGCAGAUGCCGCAGCACAACCACAACUCCGUUUUGAACGGUCACCCAAACGGGCUAGCAGGUCCCUCCGCCCCACACAACAACAACAACACCACCCAAAUGCCGUCCUCCCAAAUGAGGGGCCUGCUGAACGAAACAACAACCACUCCGCCGCCACCACCAACAACAACAACAACCCGAGCACCACAAAUCACAACAACAAUAGCAGCAACAACAACAACAACGGCGGCCACCACGGUAGCUAUAAAGAGCGAGCAAAUGGAGGACAGCAACAACCACACCCAUCACAAUCCCAAUCACAGCCAGGACAGGAGCCACAGCACCAGCAGCAGCUCAAUGGCCACGGAGGAGGCGGAGGAGCUGGAGCUGCGGGAUCAGGAACAGGAGCAGGCGGAAGAUCACCUGCAGCAGCAGCAGCAUCAGCAAGCGGCCCAGCAAUAUCUGUUGGCGGCGCGUCACUAUCACAACAGCACGCCCAACACGCUCAGCAGCAGCAGCAUCAUCAGCACCAGCAGCAGCAGCAACACCAAUCCCAGCUCGCCCCAUACUAUUUACCGGCAGGAGCCGCCGGGAACGGAUUUCUCGCGCACCACCCCGCCGCCGCAGCCGCUGCCGCCUAUGGGAAUGCUGCCGCCUAUGGCAAUGGACUACAACAUGCUGGCUUUGGAUAUGCCCAUGCCCAUGCCCACGCUCAUGCACAGCAGUAUGCUGCAGUGCAGCAGCACCAGCACCACGCCGCUAGCUACUACCACCACCACCAGUAUGCCGGACACUAUGCAGCCGCCGCAGCAGCAGCUGGUGCACCACUACCACCAGGCGGUGCUCCACCCGCACCAUCAGCAGCUGGCGGAGCAGCAUCAGCGCCAGGAGGACCAGGAGCAUCAUCAUCAGCAGCAGCAGCGGGAGCUUCACCAACUGGAUCAUCAUCAUCAGCAGCAGCAGCAGCCGCCGCCGCAGCAGCAGCAGCAGCAGCAGGCACUAAUCCUGGCGGACAGUAUGCCGCACAGCAGCAGUUCGCCCACCAGCAGCUCCCCGCCGCCCACCAUGGCCAUGCCCAUGCCGCUCACCACCAUCACAGCGCCGCAGCUGCUGCCGCUGCAGCCGCCGCCGCCGCACAUCACCAGCACCAUGCCCAUGCCGCCCACCAUGCACAUGCCCAUCAUGCCGCCGCCGCCGCCAUGCUACCAGCAGCUGCAGCCGCUGGACCCCACAAUGAGCUAUCACACUAUUAUUGGUAGUGGCUCGGAGGCGCAUGCGCAUGCCCACGCUGCCGGAGGUGGCUACGGAUCGAACCAGAUUGCCACCAGCGAUGGACAGAUCCUGCAGCUGAUGCCAGCCUCCCUAUUCGCGCCCUAUGCCCCGCUGUCGCCAUACUCGGUGGCCGCCCAGCGGUCGCCGCAGGAGGGCGAUCUGCCGCCGGUGCACACGCUGACCACGGCGCUUCACGCCCAUCAGCAGGGCGGGCAGCAGGAGGCCCAGACGACGCCCACGCUGACGGUGCUCUCCACACCCUACUCGCCCACGGUGAGCAGUUCGCGGGCCACUCCCGCGCUGGAGAUGGACAUGGCCACGCUCAUGCAGCAUCAGCAGGACUACGAGAUGGAGCAGUACCAGCUGCAGCAUCAGCAGCUGGAGCAGUUGCAGCAACAACAGCAACUAGAGCAUCUGGAGCAGCAGCAACAGCAGCAGCAUCAGCACCAGCAGCAGCAGCAGCAACAACAGAUCCUGGCGGAUCAGGUGCAUUCGAUGGGGCAGCAGCCGCUGGCUAAGAAGCGGCGCGCCGCCGGCACGGGAACCACGCCCUCGACAACAAAGCGGCGGCGUAACAGCAGCGUUGGAUCGACAUCGCCGCACUCCACCACCCUGCCCUCCGGACGGAUCAAGUGCUUGGAGUGCGACAAGGAGUUCACCAAGAACUGCUACCUCACGCAGCACAACAAGAGCUUCCACUCCGCAUCCAGGAGGCAGCCCAAAUCGCAUCCAUCUACUAUGUACUCAGCGGUGCGCAGGCAGCCGAACGCCCACAAACGGAUCAAAAUUUAAGUGAAAUUGAAUCAUUUCGGACAACCCGUGAACUUUGGGCUUUGGGCCAAAAGAAUGUAAGGCAAACAAAAAAAAGGGAAGGAUGUAGCCCCCAAGUAAAAACACCAUUCGAAUGGUGUACAAUUUAACCCCGACCCCGAUCAUCACCACCAAUGGACUUCAGGAUCAAGACAGAAGCUCUCACCACCCCCCCACCCCCACCCCGCGUACAAAAAUGUUUUUCAUUUCGAAGGUUUUGUUUUACAUAUUAUAGUAAAAUCAGUGAACUAGUUUGGUUUUCGAAUGGGACCUACACUCGAGACGUACUAAGGACAACCCAGAGGUUAUUCGAAUCUCCUUAGUGCAAAUUUAGUAUAACUCCCAGUUAAAUAUAAAUGUGUAACAAAAGAAGUAGUAACCCGAAUAGCUGUACCAAGUGGCUAUAAUCUUGAAGCCCACUUGAAGCCCCGUUUUAUCCACAACAACAAUUACAAACACACACGCGAUUGCAUUCAUUAAAGCUGUACAUAGGCGUGAAAAGUCCAAGGACUAAAACGCAGAAGGGAAGCUGCAGAAUAUUGUCUCCUAUAUCAACAUUGUGCAUAUCAUUUAUUGGGCAAACGGUAAAAACAAAAAAAAAAAACAAUAAUUAAACUUAAAUAGCAAAAGGUUAAACGCAGGAGAGGCAAUACUUUUAGUUGAAAUUUAAUUGAAUUAACACUAUUUGCGAAACGCAUUUCAUCCGUCAGUUGGGAGUGUUUACUGUGCAAUAUAUAAAGUAUUUUUUUUUUUUUUAUCGAAAUGUUAAGGACGAAACUUAGCGAUAGCAAAGAACCACAAACGAUUACCUCGGCAGAACAGCUCAUUAAGUAAUAGAAUCUACCUCGUUAGCAAUAAAAUGAAAACACAAGUGCAAGCAGAUUAAUUUUAGUUCGAUUCUCAUUUUGGAACAGAGAACAAGCUUAUACAUAUAUACAAAACAAGCGCCGCCAAGGCGAACAAAUCGAAGAAAAUGUCAACUAAUUAUACGUAAAACUAAAACAAAUAACUUUAAAUAUAAUUGUUUAUAUGCUAUUUAUACACACUAUACAUUAUAUACGAUGGAUACUUCUAGGCUUAAUGAAACCUGGCCACCCAAACCCCCCUCCCCCACUUUUCCCCCCAGUUGUGCGGCAUUGUCAUCAGUUUAAAUUUGAAUCUUUACAGUUUGGCCAGCUAUCAUGAAUUUGUUGCUCAUAUGACAAGGCAACCAACACCCACAACCCCAGGGGGGCGGUGGCCAAAGGUCAUAGGUCAGGGGGCACCAACAUCCCCACCUACCUACCCUCUCAAUCUCAACAACGAAAAUCCAAUUGAGAACUAAAAACAAGUGAUUUUGAUAGUCCUGCAAGGAAAUAAUCUUGCAGCUUAAAUUAUAAAAUUUGUCCGCCAGUCUUAGAAAUUCCGUUUCAAGUUUAAAACAGCUUGAAAGUAGUCUUAAAAAAAACCCUAUAUACCUAUAAACUCAAUAUCAUCAAGUUAGUAGAACCCCUUGGAGGACUAUUACAUUUUUUCGGACCACCGAAUAUAUUUUUUCUUCCCUGAACUUUAAUACAGUUUUGUUUGUGUUUAGAAUUAUACGUAAAUAUAGUUUUUUUUUUCCUUGACGCAGAACACCUAAGCAAUACUUGAUGCAGGCAACUCUUUGGUUCAGACCAUAACGAUUCUUUCGAUCUAAGCUAAAUGCUAAAUUUCUUGAGAGAAAACUAAAGAGAGAAACUAAAAAACAUAUUUGAAUUAUGUAGCAACUACAUGUUAAAUUUUAGCAAUUAAUUAUUAAAUAAAAGGGAGCACAAAACCCGCAUGAAACUUACAAAUUAUACACACAUAUACGAAUAUGAUGAUCGGGUAUAUAUUUAAAGGAAAUUUUAAAGCAGCACCAAGUGAAAAAUGAACACUGAAAUCGCCAAAGAGUUUAUAGCAAAAGUUGAACAGUGGCCAAAUGCAUGAUACAUCAAUGGGAAUUUUUUGUACAAAAACCGAAUUUCACAAAAGGAAUACAUUUUUCUUUGUAUUUCAUGUGUAUUCUGUAUCUUGAACAAAAGGUUUUUUUGUAUCAUUAAUGUUUUAGUUUUUGAAAAAUAGCAAUGAGAAUAUUGUUUAAAUAUUUAAGUUAGACCCCCUG